UGCGUUACUUUAUAUUUCCAUGCGAGUUAGUUUUCUUAAUUCCUGCGUGCGUGAGUGAGUGUGUGGAUCAGAAAGUUUGCGUGCAGGUCGCCGCCGCCAAGGAUGAGACCGAUAGUCUCUGUAAUAGUUUCUCAUCCUUGGUCGCCGCCACCUGGCUGAUUUGAAAUAGCGCGCCUGAGAGCAGAGCGGCGCGUUGGUGUGCGCAAUUUGGCGGGAAACUGUGUUGUGCUUUCCCCGUGUGUUUGUGUGACUGUACCUCUGUUUCUGACGCUCCCUUUCCUUCACCAUGGCUUCUACCACACCCUCUAUUAAGGCACAGGCAGACUCCACCACAACCCAACAACCUACUACAGAUGAAAAAGUACAUGCGGCAAGUGCAGCGUUCAACCAUUUCUCUCAGGGCAAGCGACACCUCCUGGUGGGGGACUUCAAAUCUGCUGUCACUGCCUUCAAGGAGGCAACAGAGUCCCUGGUGGAGCUGUAUGGGGAGCAGGUGCCGGAGUGUGGUGACGCGUACUACCACUAUGGCCGUGCAUUGCUGGAGCUGGUACGCAAGGAGGCAGGGGUGCUGGGGCCAGAUCUGGAUGGUGCCAGUAGUCGUGUGUAUUGCUUGGUUAUUGUGUUAACAUGCUGGAGUGUGCACAGCCAGGAGUGUUUGGGGAAUGAAAAUAAAAGGAGUUAUGGAUGUUUAAAAAUGCAUCUUUUGAGAGCUGAGUAUACAAGAAAGUUGGUGUGUUUGGGGAAUGAGUAAACAAUGAAGAAAUGUUUUGAGGAACUGGGUGUGCAGAGGCAGGAGUGUUUGGAGAAUGAGAAUACAGGAAGACAGGACUGAUUUGGGAAUAAGUGUACAAGAAAGGAGUGUUUGAGUGACAAUAUAUAAGGAAGAGGUGUUUUGAAAAUGAGAGUACAAGGAAUGAGCAUUUUGGGAGUUAAUAUACAAGGAAGCAAGUAUUUAAGGGACUGAAGUAUACAAGAUUAUUUUCCUGUCAUAUGUCAUUAUACAAUGUUUUUCUUUGUUAUAUACAUCAUUCCCUUUCACUUUUCAUAUCUUGUGUUCUCGUCAUUCUGAUGUAAUGUUAGAGAUAGAGAAUGUUUGGUGUCAAAUUUUCACAAAUUUCAUGUGUGUAUAAACUUUCAUUUACUUGACUUUUUUUUUACUAUUACUACUAUAUUUGCUUGCAAUCUUGCUUUGCAAUUUGCUUGGAGUUUUGCAGAGAAAUGGCUAGAUUUUAGAGAAAUGUCUAAAAGAAUGCUAAAAUAAUGAGUUUUCAUUCAAACACCCCCUAACAUCCUUACCCAUCACCCAUCCCCCAUUCCUUCAGAGACCCAGACAAACUCAGCCAAACCAUAUCUUUCCCAUAGCCCUAUACCUACCCCCCAUUCCCCAAACACCCCUGUACCCCCUACCAUUCUCCAAACACCCAUUCCCUGUCACUUAGAUGCAUUCAGACUUACUCCAGCCAAUGCAGAACACACAUACUCACAUACAGUCGGUUUUCAGACAUACAAACAGCUGGGAUGUAUAUACAGAGAGUAUGGCUCAUUAGGUAUACAGGGUUUGCGUACAGGAGGGAAUACGCACAUGAAAAAUGCACAUGUGUAUGGAUGUAUGUGUGUUUUUGUGUGUUUGUGUGUGUAUUUGUGUGUAUUCCUGUGUGCGUUUGUGUGUGUGUAUAUAUUUGCAUGUACAUGUGUGUGUGUGUACGUGUUAUAAUUAUUUUGUUUGUUUGUUUUCUUGCCGUUUGUUUGUUCGUUCGUUUGUUUUAUUAGAGAAGCUGGAGUUAUUGGAAAAUAUAAUUUGUAGGUUGGUGGGUACGUAUUCCAGUAGUCCACGCUGGCAUAGGAAAGCGGGAAGGCGUCAGGCACACGGAUGGGUGGUGUUGGAAGGGUGCGUGUAUGCCGCUGCCUUAUUUAACCAGGAUUUUCUCUC